AGUUCGGAAUGCAAAUGAAUAGAGUUGCCUUGGCCCACUGCUGUUCUGCUCUUUUGCAGCCACUCGUCUGCUCUGAUCCUUUCGAGUACAGCGAGCCACAAUCCAGAAAUGGUGUAGAAUAUCAGGAAAAACAGCGACAGAGAGCAGACGGAAAGAAGAGCGAGGCUACAAGACAUACGUUAACGGCACAGGAGAGCCAUUCAAAAGAGCCGGGGGUCAAAGUUGAGAAGAGCAGAGGGCACUAUGGAGAGUGAGCCGGGGGCCCCUGCCUCCACGGCCAACACUACUGGGACCAACACCUCCAACAGCACUACCACCUCCUCCUCCUCCAGCACCACAGCUGCCAGCAGUAGUAGUACCUCUAACACUACUACUACUACUCCUACUCCUACCGCUUCUACUAGUAGUAGUAAUAGUAGUAGCAGCAGUGGUGGUAGUACUUCCAGUAGUAGUACUACAACAGGAAGACAAGCAGUGCCUCAGAUAUCUGUUUACAGUGGGAUACCUGACCGACAAACAGUGCAGGUGUUCCAGCAGGCGUUACAUAGACAGCCUAACACAGCAGCACAGUACCUGCAGCAGAUGUAUGCUGCUCAGCAGCAACAUCUCAUGCUGCAAACUGCAGCCCUCCAGCAGCAGCACAGCCUCAGCACCGCUCAACUCCAGAGCCUGGCUGCUGUACAGCAGGCCAGUAUCGCAGCUGGUCGGCAAAGCUCUUCACAAAACGGCACUUCAUCCCAGCAAACAGGAUCUACUCAGGCUACGAUCAACCUGACCACAUCCCCAGCGGCAGCUCAGCUAAUCAGCCGGGCGCAAAGCAUUAGUUCCACCCCCACCAGUAUAUCCCAGCAGGCUGUUCUGCUGGGCAGCCCAUCUAGCCCCACUCUCACAGCCAGCCAGGCACAGAUGUACCUGCGUGCACAGAUGGCCCAGCAGAGUAACCUGGUGCAGGUGGCCAGGAGCCUGGGUCGGGCUGUCCCUCUGUCCCCACAGCUCAUCUUCACUCCAACAGCCACGGUGACGGCUGUCCAAUCAGAGAACUCCACGCAGGCUUCCUCGCAGAAUCAGGUCCAGAAUUUGGCCAUCCGUGGCCAGCAGGUGGCGACCACGUCCUCUUCUCAGACUCAGGCCCUGCAGGCUCUGAGUCUGAAGCAGAGCCCUGUGCCCAUCCAGCCUGCCUCACUGAUCAAGAAUCCCAGCCAAGCAGCGCAGGCCUCUGCAGGAGGGAAGGCCAGCUCCUCUGAUAGUUCAACAGAAGGAGGGAAGAAGGGGGACACUGCAGCAGUCACAGAAGCCAGAGCUAUAAACAUGAGCCGCAGCGUCACAGCUGUCAGUGCUCAGCCCCUGAUCGCUCCGGCAUACUCUCAGAUUCAGCCCCACUCCCUGGUUCAGCAGCACAAGCAGCAACAGCAGUAUGUUGUUCAUCAGAGUCACAGUUCCCAGAGGACCACAGGCCAGCUGCUGCAGACUGCCUCCAUUCAGCCGUCACAGCACCCUGUCCCUGUACUGCCCAAACCUGCUCCACACCAACCGUCCACACCCAGCCAGCAGGCCACCAUCUUCCACUCCACCAUUAGCCCCCAUGCUCUCCACUCCUCCCUCAACCAUGCCAAAGCUCAGCCUGUCCAGCUCACUGCCAUCAACCUACAAAUACAGCCAACGGCCUCUCGAGUGGUUCAGGACUGUAAAGAUAAGCCAACAUCACUAGUGGUCAGAGAGACGUGUCAAACCCCUACCACACAGCAACAGCAACCACAGCAGCAACAGCAGCAACCUGCAGCCUCACCAUCACAACCCACCAAGCCUGCAGAACAGCCCAAGGUUGACCCAGCCACACCAGCUGUUCAGCCACAAGGAGGGGGCUCGACCAAGAGGCCAAGUGCUGCACCUGGGACCCCACCUCCAGCCAUGACCUCAGGAAAUGAGAGCGAAGCACCCACCGUGACGGGCAGCACGCCGCAGAACGGAGAGAACAAACCGCCCCAGGCCAUCGUCAAGCCCCAGGUCCUCACACAUGUCAUCGAAGGCUUUGUCAUCCAGGAAGGAGCUGAGCCAUUCCCCGUGUGUGUGGAGCGUCUGCCCAUUCUCAUCGAUAGCCCAAAGAAGCUGGAUCAGCUCUCCUCAGACCCCGACAAAACCCCAGUCAGCAACGCAGCAAACAGUGACUCUGAGCCUGAAGACAUGAACCAGCCAGAAAAAGAGCAGGAACCCAAACUGACGUGUGAAUACUGUGGCUGGGUUGACUUUGCCUACACUUUCAAAGGCUCUAAAAGAUUCUGCUCCGUGGUUUGUGCAAAGAGGUACAACGUGGGCUGUACGAAGCGGAUAGGGCUUUUCCAUCCAGAGAGGAGUAAACCAACGAAUCGCUGGCGUAGAAGGUCCCACGGCCGGUCCACUGUAGAGGCUAAGAAGCAGAAGCUGUCCCCCUCACCACAGCAGACUCAGGGCGGUUCUGUAUCCUCACCACAUGCCUCGCAGCCUAGCCAGGAGGAGUCCAGUCCGUGUUCAGAUAUGUCCAGCUAUGAGGAGCCAACGUCUCCCCUGUCAGCAGCCAGUUCGGGACCUCUGGCUCCUCCUCCAGCCCCACCUCAGAUCCCCAUGCACCGGCAUCCGAGCAGGGCCUCAGACCAGGAGGGCUGCACUGCGAGAGAUGCACCUUCACUCUGUCAGCGCUUCUUACCCAGUGACCCUACCAAGUGGAACGUGGAAGAAGUUUAUGAGUUCAUCCGGUCACUGCCAGGUUGUCAGGAGAUAGCAGAUGAGUUUCGCUCUCAGGAGAUUGAUGGACAGGCCUUGCUCCUGUUAAAGGAGGACCACCUCAUGAGUACCAUGAACAUUAAACUGGGACCUGCACUAAAAAUCUUCGCACGCAUUAACAUGCUCAAAGACUCUUAGCAGGAAAGAGUGUUUGUGUGUCGUGCACUAAUCUCAGUGCAUCUGUAUUUGUGUGUUUGUGUCUGUGUGUUCGUAAGUGAGUGAGAGAAUAGCGGAGUGUAAAACUUGGGCACAGGGCAAAUGAUGCGUCAGCGUCACACUGACAACACAGACUGACUGCACUAUGACCUCCCCUGUCCUCACUACUGGACCGGUUCCUUUGAUAGUUAAAUCAGCUGGCACUCAUAUUCUCAUGCAUACUCACUGCUAUGUCAGAGAACAAAUUGACUAAUACAUACAACAGGUUUUAGAAUUGGUCCAGUUGAUGAACUCAGCCAUGAAAUGGGCUGCAAAGGCUGCAUUGUAAUCUUGAAUGCACAUGUGCUCAUCAAACUACGUCUGCUCAAAGCGCUUGCUCGGGCUCAGAUUGUCAUUCUUAUAGUCUGACAGCAUUAUGGUAAGGAUCCUUACAGAGAUCGACCUUCUUGUUAAAGCAGAAACGGCUACAUCGCUCUACUCAGAGCCGCUAGAUUGACAUAAAAGCACUUUUACCAUUGUAAAACAUACUGACAAAAACAUAAUAAAGCUCACCAGAACCAUCCUUGUUAGUUUUUCCACUUUUCCAACAAUCAACAUCUGUGGUUUGGUCGCAAUACGCCCUUACUUCACGUAGUUAGAUGUGAAAAUAUUCUGGCUCUGCAUGCCAUUAUGUCCUUGCUGCUGUGCUGAUGCACGACUGCCCUCUUUCAGCCAUUUCAGUUAUUUCGUAUCAAACUCAUCCCACGUUAAAUAACAGACGGUUAUGAUUGGCCUGUCACAGACCAUGAUGGAGGGAAAUCUAUCUGAGCAGGACAGCACCAGUUGCAUCUGCCAGGACAAGUUAUACACAAGCUUGGAAUUUUGUCUGGUUUCCAGGCCAUAUUGUAAUCAUCCACCUGACUCAGUUCGAUUGUUUCCUGGCUUACAGUGUUGUCAGAUCUCACAGAUUAAAUGCCACCCAUACUGUAUUUUUAGGAGCGACAUGUUUUUAUUAGGGAGUCAGUGGUUUUUGGAUUUGGCUUGUGAGAAAACUUUGUACAAGUUUAAAGGAAAAACAGUGAAGAAGAUAAAGGUGAGUCAUGCUGAACUCCUGUUCAGUUGUGCCCAGGUAGGGUCAUACUGCAGCACACUCAUUAAUGUUUUGAGGCAGAGAGACAAACAUGAGUGAAGCCUGAAUUUAUUGUCAUUAUUAUUAUAAUUAUUACAUUAGAGAUGAGUUUUGUACAGUUUUGUUCCUGUGUGAAUGAAGUAGAGACGGCUGUAUUUGUGCCUGGUAACAGAAGAUUGCAUUCAUUAAUUUUCUCAUUCUCAUUCAGUGGACGCUCCUUUGCGUUUUCUCACAGUAAGACUCACAGUUCUGAAUACAAAGCUUGAAUGCAGAGAGACCAUUUAAGCAGCUUCUUUUGUGACAUUGAUUUCCCUUUCAUGAGAAACUAACCAGUUUUCUUCUGCAGAUUUGAACUGCUUGCAAAUUAUUUGUGCAGCUUUUUCAAGACAAUUUACCAAAAUAUGACAUUGAUUUUUUUUUCUUCUUUCCCCCAGCAUGGGAGGACACUAAGUUAUCCAAGGACUAAUUUGAGUAUGCUGCCCUGAUUUUGGCGCACUUAUUUUACUUUUCAUUUGCUUUAGUGUUAUGAGAUUGUCUGCCAAAAGUGAGAGUGGCAUUUGUGCGGCAGUGCAAACACGUUUAUAUGUACAUACCAGCUCAAGUGAGGAAAAAGACUGAAACCAAGUGCGAAACUGUCAUUUUUUUAAUUUAUCAUUGUUUUUUUAAAACAGAAAUGUAAUUGUUAUUUUGAAAUAUGCAAAUGUAUAAAUUUCAUGGCCUGAAGAGUUUUUUUAUGUUUUUUGUUUCUAAUGAAAAUAUGAUCAUAUCUUUUUGUGCUUUGUGGCUGUGAUUGGAAGGUCAACUUUUCUUAGGUAAGGCUUUGUCAAAUGCUUGUAUUUAUCAGAACAGUUUGUUACACAACAUUUUGCAAUUAUAAAUAAUUUGCAAUACA